AUGGACGAUAGUACAGAUCACAAUACAACCACUGAUAUCGAGAACAAUAGUAUUAAUGAUAAUGCCUUGAAGUCUUCUUCCAAUAAUCCACUCACAACUAUCCCAACAGAAUUUGAUCUAGACUUUAUCCCCUCCUUGGGCGAAUCAACAGCUUUCCCUCCUUCAGCAUCUCAUUUCCCUCCUCCAACUCCCUUACACAAGGCAUUGAACUCGUCUUCAUCAUCAACUGCUGCAGACUCGAAUCAUCAUCAACAACCAUCAACUUAUACUGAAGAUGUUCUGAAGUUCAUUUCCCCGAUUCUACCUGGUCAAAACGAAAAAUCGUUCAAUGAUCAGCAUUUCUAUCAUCGUCAACAACAACAAUUGUUGAACCUGUCGAAAAUGUCACCAGUUAAUCAUCAUCGACCUUCAGUGAUUCAUCAAGGUAGCAGUUCAUCAGUAGCAGAUUUAUAUCAUCAACCUUCAAGUCAACAUGUACGUCCUGAUGUGAUCUUCACUCCCUUAGUGUCACCAGCAGUUACUCCAUUGGAAAAUGUAUCGAAAAGUAAUCACAAGAUUCCCUUAACUUCCUUUGAACCGUUGACGUCUCCUGCUUUGAAUGCAAUUUCCCAUGAACAAGCUCAACAACAACAACUUAAUCAAAUCUCCAGCAAACGCAGAAGUUCUUCUUCAUUUUAUGCUCCUCAAAAGGAUUCAUCUCUUCUGCAUCCAGUGACUAAAAGACGAACUCCUCAUUCAACCCCAACCCUCGCUGCUCAUAAUACUAAUUCGUCUACAACAUUAAUCAAUUCUCCCAAAAUUAAAGGUUUACCUUCAACAUCACCUAAUAUCAAAUUAGAGUCACAACAAGAUUAUCCACAAUUUGAUAGGCUUCCAGAUUCAUCUGUUGAUGAAGAUAAAGAUGAAGCAGUUUCCGCUCAAAGUGGCUCCAGUACUCCACAUCUUAUGGGUUUUACUAUGGGAAAAUUAGCUCAAGAUAAAGCAGCAUCUUCUUCUAAUGGAUCUUGUGCACCUUACAAUUCACUUUCAAGAACGUCUUCAGCAAGUUCAACAAGUACUGGAACUUCUCAAUCACCCACAUUUAAAGGUGGACGUCCAAAGAAACUGAUACUGAAGACUUCACCUAUAGUUAGUCCACAUUUAGGAGACAUUUCAAAAUCAGAACUUGUUGGAGGAGGAGGAGGUGGUGCAACCAAGAAAACAUCUCAUAAAUUGGCGGAACAAGUCCGUAGAAAUAGAAUGAACAUGGCAGUACAUGAAUUAGGUCGACUUGUACCUCAAUCGUAUCAUGAUCAAGUUACCAUUCCAUCCAAGGCUACAACUGUUGAGUUAGGAAGCAAAUAUAUUCGUGAUUUGCUUGCUCAAAUCGAUCAAUUACAACUGCAACUUGAUUAA